CCUUGGCCCACCUCAUUUCCAUAACCCUCAUUCUUGACAACCAUGGUGAAGAAGGUUAUUGACUCACGCAUUCAUACGCUCAUCAAGAACGGGGUGCAGUCUAAGCACCGCUCCUUCUUUGUUAUUAUCGGCGACAAGGGCAAGGACCAGGUUGUGAACCUUCAUUGGCUGUUGUCACAGGCACAGGUCACAGCUAGACCUUCUGUUCUGUGGUGCUAUAAGAAGGACCUGGGCUUCAGCUCCCACCGCAAGAAACGAGAGGCUAAGAUUAAGCGCGAUGUUAAGCGGGGUAUCCGUGAAGUCAAUGAAGAGGAUCCGUUUGAGCUCUUUAUCUCUGUGACAAACAUUCGAUACACCUACUACAAAGAAACACAAAAGAUUCUCGGAAACACCUACGGCAUGUGCGUCUUACAGGAUUUCGAGGCAUUAACUCCCAAUUUGUUGGCAAGAACAAUUGAGACAGUUGAAGGCGGUGGAAUCAUUGUGCUUCUGUUGAAGAGCAUGUCAUCAUUGAAGCAGCUUUAUACCAUGACCAUGGAUGUACAUUCAAGAUAUCGCACAGAAUCACAUCAUGAUGUAGUGGCACGCUUCAAUGAACGCUUUAUCCUCUCGCUUGGAACAUGCCCUUCGUGCUUAGUAGUCGACGAUGAGCUCAAUGUACUUCCUAUCUCUCUGGGCAAGAAUGUCAAACCUUUGCCAAUCAAAACUGGCGAAGAUGCUCUAACAGAUGAACAGAAAGAUUUGAUCAAGAUCAAAGAGAGCGUUCAGGACCAGCAACCCAUGGGCGCACUUGUCGGCACAGCAAAGACAAAGGAUCAGGCAAUUGCUGUAAUGAAAUUUAUAGAAGCUAUCGCAGAGAAAACGCUCCGAUCCACUGUUACUCUAACUGCUUCUCGCGGUCGUGGUAAAUCGGCUGCUCUUGGAAUUGCAAUGGCCUCUGCUAUUGCCUAUGGAUACUCCAAUAUCUUUGUCACUUCGCCAAGCCCUGAAAAUUUAAAGACACUGUUCGAGUUUGUUUUCAAAGGAUUCGAUGCACUUGGGUAUGAGGAGCAUAUGGACUAUGAUAUCAUCCAGUCCACUAACCCAGAGUUCAACAAUGCCAUCGUCCGCGUCAAUGUCUUCAAGCGUGAUCAUCGUCAGACUAUUCAGUACAUUCAACCACAGGAUGCGCAUACUUUGGGACAAGCUGAGUUGGUUGUUAUUGAUGAAGCUGCCGCUAUCCCACUGCCUUUGGUCAAGGCGCUUUUAGGACCCUACCUAGUCUUUAUGGCCUCUACCAUCAACGGCUAUGAGGGCACUGGACGGUCUCUGUCAUUAAAGCUGAUCCAGCAGCUUCGUGAGCAAUCACGCGGAUUUGUUGGUAAAGAACUGAAUGCUUCCGAGUUGGCUAAGAGCAAGGCAACAGGAUCUGCUACGGGUGCAAGGACGUUAAGAGAGAUCGAGUUGAAAGAGCCUAUUCGUUAUGCACCAGAAGAUCCAACGGAGAAAUGGCUUAAUAAGCUUCUUUGCUUGGACGCUACCAUUGUGCAAAAGAAUAUCUCAGGUUGUCCCGCCAAAGAGGAAUGUCAGCUAUUCUACGUUAAUCGCGACACCUUGUUCUCCUAUCAUCCUGUUUCGGAGACAUUUUUGCAGCGUAUGAUGGCCCUCUACGUCGCUAGUCACUACAAGAAUACCCCAAACGACUUACAGCUGCUCAGCGACGCACCUUCACAUCAUCUUUUUGUGCUUUUACCGCCUGUCAAGGAAGGCGAUCGCUCAUUGCCCGAUCCUCUGUGUGUACUUCAGGUCUGUUUGGAAGGAGAGAUUUCCAAGCAGACUGUACUCAACAGCUUGAGUCGAGGUGUUCGUGCGGCAGGCGAUUUGAUCCCUUGGUUAAUUUCACAACAAUUCCAGGAUGAUGACUUUGCUUCUCUUUCUGGGGCCCGUGUCGUUCGCAUUGCAACCCACCCUGAUUAUGUUAAGAUGGGGUAUGGAUCUAGAGCGCUUGAGCUACUUUCUCAGUUCUACGAAGGACAAUUCUCAAUGCUUUCUGAGGAUGACGAAGAAAAGCCAGAGUAUAGAAUGAACCAUGUCGACGACAGUGAACUUGAGGGAGUCACUUUGAUGACAGAUGAUAUUAAGAUUCGAGAUCCCAAGAAGAUGCCUCCCCUCCUUCUUAAAUUGAGUGAAAAAAGGGCAGAGAAACUCCACUGGCUUGGUGUCUCUUAUGGCUUGACCGCUCCUCUUCACAAAUUUUGGUCGAAAGCAGGGUAUGUCCCUGUCUAUCUUCGUCAAACACCUAACGAGUUGACAGGAGAGCAUACUUGUGUGAUGCUUCGUACACUUGAGAGCUCUCAGACACAAACACAAUGUGAUCCCAUGUGGCUUUCCUUAUUUGCCAAGGAUUUCCAUCACCGUUUCCAAAGCUUACUUUCAUUCCAAUUCCGCUCUUUCCCUGCCACAUUGGCACUCUCGAUUCUGGAGUCUGCCCGCGCCGCUAAGGCACAAAACGAACAGCAAGAUGAGCAGGUGGACGAGGAGAAAGACAAUAACAAGGACACAACAGAUAGAUUGAUCAAGAGUUUACGUGAUGGUCAAGUUACCAGAGAAUUGGUUGAUCUGUUGUUCUCGGCGUAUGACUUGAAGCGCCUAGAAAGUUAUGCAAACCAGCUGCUGGAUUACCAUGUUAUCUUGGACUUAUUGCCUCAGAUUGCUAGUAUCUGGUUCGACGGCCGUGUUCAGAAUGCUGGGUUCAAGCUCACUAACAUUCAGGCUGCGCUCUUGUUAGCUCUGGGCUUGCAACGCAAGACCGUUGAUGAUUUUGAGAAGGAAAUUGGACUUUCAGUAUCACAGUUACUCGCCUUCUUUAUUAAGAUGAUCCGCAAAUUCUCUGAUCUGUUCAAAGAGCAGAAAACACUUGCGUACACUACAGAGAUUAACAAUUCACGCGCUAAUGCUUCAGCGCAGUUGAAGAUCAAGGAUGUCAACAGUAAAAAGCGAGAUGUGACUAGGGAAGAAGAGUGGGAUCCUAAUACGGAGGAUCUAGAUGAUGAGCUCGGUAAGGAAGGGCGCGAACGUUUGCGUGAGCUCCAGAAAGCAGCGCUAGGCGAUGUGGAGAAGAUAUAUGCAAUUGCUAAUGACAGCUCCAUGGACUGGUCAGCAGCGGAGGCACAGAUUGAUAAAAAGGGUAAAUCCACUGUAGUAUCAGUCAAGAAUCCUGAGUCGACCAAGAAGAGAAACUUGGUGAUGGGUGGAACGGCUAAGGACGUAAUGGAUAAGGAGGCCAAAGAAUUUGUUCGUGGUAAGGCAUCAAGACGUGAUGGUGGGAAAUCUGCCAAGAAGCGCAAGAUUUAA